GUUUCCCGACGUGCUCUGCGGAGGGUGCCAAGAUGGCGGCGGCGGCGGCGUCCGCCCGCCGGUUGCCGUUCCGCAGCGGGCUUGUCGUGCUGCAGGCCGCUCGUGGGGCGUGUGUGUGUGAACCCAAGCUCUGCCGCAGGUUUUACCCUGGAAGUACAUCUCUCCCACAGGUUGAAGGAACAGAUAUAGCAGGGACUGAAGAAAUAAUCAUUCCAAAGAAGAAAACAUGGGAUAAGGUAGCUGUUCUUCAGGCACUUGCAUCCACAGUAACCAGGGAUCCUACAGCUGCGCCCUAUAUAUUUCAAGAUGACCCUUACCUCAUACCAACCUCUGCCUUCGAGUCUCGUUCAUUUUUAUUGGCAAAGAAGUCUGGGGAAACUGCAGCAAAGUUUAUUGUUAAUUCACAUCCCAAAUAUUUCCAAAAGGAUAUAGCUGAGCCUCAUAUACCGUGCUUAAUGCCUGAGGACUUUGAACCUCACAUUGAAGGUGUGAGUGAAGCUGCGCUGAAGGAACGGAUCAGACUCAAAAAAGUCAAGGCCUCUGUGGACCUUUUUGAUCAGCUCUUGCAAGCAGGAACCACAGUUUCUCUUGAAACAGUGAAUAGUCUCUUGGAUUUAUUGUGUUACUAUGGUGACCAAGAGCCCCCAGCUGACUAUCAUUUUCAACAAACUGAACAUUUGGAAAACUUGGAAGAGGCCACAGAGGAAAAUAACCAAACAUCCAAGAUGAAAACUACUCUUUGGAAAGCACAAAACAAUGCUGAGAGAAUCUUUGCUCUGAUGCCAGAGAAGAACGGACACUCUUACUGCACAAUGAUCCGAGGGAUGGUGAAGCACCGAGCUUAUGAACAGGCGUUGAACUUGUACACUGAGUUAUUAAAUAACAGACUUCGUGCUGAUGUAUAUACUUUCAAUGCAUUGAUUGAAGCCAAAAUGAUGAUGCCCAAUGAGAAAUUUGAGGAAAAAUGGACUAAUACACUGGAUCUUCUGAAACAUAUGGUUGCACAGAAGGUGAAACCAAACCUGCAGACUUUUAAUACAGUGUUGAAAUGUCUCCAGAAGUUUUACUUGUUUGGAAGGCUGCCAGCAUUACAGACCUUACGUGAAAUGAAAUAUGUUGGAAUAGAACCAUCACUUGCAACAUACCAUUAUAUUAUUCGCCUCUUUUACCAGCGAGGUAGCUCUAUGAAAGCAACAUCUUUCAUCAUCUAUGAUAUUAUGAAUGAAUUAGAGGGGAGGAAAUUUUCUCCACGGGACCUGGAUGAUGAUAAAUUUUUUCAGUCGGCAAUAAAUGUGUGUUCAUCUCUCAGAGAUUUAGAGCUUGCUUACCGAGUACAUGGCCUUUUAAACACGGGGGACAACCGGAAAUUGAUUGGACAUGAUCUUCAACGUAAUUUCUAUUAUUCGAGGUUUUUCAGUUUGAUUUGUUCAAUGGAACAAAUUGAUGUCAUCUUGAAGUGGUAUAAGGACCUAAUACCUUCAGUGUACCUUCCCCACUCCCAAGUAUUGAUAGGUCUUCUCCAAGCAUUGGAUGUGGCCAAUAGGCUAGAAAUUGUUCCUCAGAUUUGGAAAGAUAGUAAAGAAUAUGGCCAUACUUUUCGAGAAGCCCUAAAAGGAGAAAUCUUGAUGCUCAUGGCCAGGGAUAAACAUUCGCCAGAGCUUCAGGUGGCAUUUGCUGACUGUGCUGCUGAUAUCAAAUCUACAUAUGAAAGCCAAGAUGCCCAGCAGAGUGCUCUUGAUUGGCCAGCCAACCAUCUACAGUGUAUAGCUGUCCUUUUUUUAAGAGGUGGCAGAACCCAGGAAGCCUGGAAAAUGCUGGCACUUUUCAAAAAGCACAAUAAGAUUCCCAGAGAUAAACUACUGGAGGAGUUUGUGGACGCUGCAAAAACAUCAAAUAGUCCUGAUCGGGCCAUUGAGGCUGUGAAGCUGGCAAGUGCCUUCAGCUUGCCUAUCUGUGAGAGCCUUGCCCAAAGAGUAAUGAUGGAUUUCACAUUAGACCCAGAACAAAAAGAAGCCCUGGGUAACCUCACUGCAUUGAACAGCAGCAGCAUUGAUGGAGAUAGCAGCAGUGACAGUGACAGUGACAUCAGUGAAGACAAGUGAUUGAGCUGCUGGACUAUUACAGGUGGUAAAAUAAGCAGAUAAAGGGCUGUAGCCUGGACACAAGACCCUAGGAUCCAUCUCCAGCACCCUCACGCACUGUGAAGUCAGUGGCUCUUGGAGAAAAAGAAGUCCCGCACACGGAGUGUCUGCAAGCCUGCCUCAUUCCCACUAUGUCCGUCGGGCAAGAGCUCACCGGCCUUUGCUGCCUACCUGCUCUGUGAUGUCUGGUCCUUUGGCCUAGACAAAAGAGUACAAACUGGUUUUCAUGAAGAUAUGUAAUUACUGUUCAGUUGAUCGAAUCCCAGUUUGGGGAGUACUUAAACAGAUGUGAAUAACUGUCUUAGAACUAAUUAAAUCAGAAGCAAGUUACUGGUUUUAGGCUACCCGACUGGUAAAAUCAUUAAAUAAAUACAGUGAUUAGG